AUGUUUUGCCAAAUCUGGAUAGACCCGGAGCAACGGGAUUAUCAACGCAUUGUCUGGCGUUUUUCGGAGUCGGAUCCUAUCUUGGAUUACCUGCUCAAAACGGUCACCUUCGGCGUCACCUCUUCUCCAUUCCUAGCGAUCUAUUGCCUGCUUUGUCUAGCUUAUGAGUAUCGUGAUAAGUAUCCGCUGGUUUACGCUCUACUACUCAAGGCUCUAUACGUGGACGACGUCGUAGCCAGCGUCCGCACAAUCGCACAAGGCAUCGCGCUUCGCGAUCAAUUGAUAGGACUGUUCCGGAGCGCCGGUUUUGAGUUGCGCAAAUGGGCGAGUAGCCAUCCUGCCGCGUUGGAUGGACUUGACCCUGAUAUCUGUAGUCAAUCCAUGCAUUCCUUUGAUACGACAGAGGAUCAGGGGCUCAAGGUUCUAGGCCUCCGCUGGCAUUCAACAGUGGAUAGCUUUGGAUUUCAGAUCAACCCCUUGACCCGAACAUGCACCAAGCGCACCGUUUUAUCGGGAGUAGCGCGCAUGUUUGACCCUCUAGGAUUUUUGGCACCGCUUACGUUCACCGCAAAGGGAUUGAUUCAGUAUUUGUGGACCCUCAAGCUCGACUGGGACGACGAACCGCCGGAAGAGGUUCGCCGCCAGUGGAAAUCGGAGCUUGACGCGUUGAGCUCCUUUCAGAUACCUCUUACGUUCCCCGUGGGUGAUGGUGUUCGUCGCGAGUUGCACAAAUUUUGUGACGCGAGCGAACGGGGUUAUGGGGCUGUAACGUACAUUCGCGCUGUCACUCCAUCGGAGGUCAAGGUUAUAAUUCUGUGCGCCAAAGCAAAAGUGGCUCCGUCACGCGCCCUUUCCCUACUUCGCUUGGAGCUUUACGCCGCGUUGGUCCUCGGUAAUUUGAUCGAUUACGUCCGGCAGGUCCUAUUGGAACACCUGGAAAUUGAUGCCGAGUACGCCUGGUCCGAUGCCAAGGUCGUGCUAUACUGGACCCAUUCCUCCCCGCAUAAAUGGAAAACGUUCGUUCGCAAUCGCGUUGCUCGAAUACAAGAAAAGGUGCCGGUCACGGCUUGGGGUCACGUGGCCUCUGAGCUUAACCCCGCGGAUCAUUGUUCCCGUGGCCUGUUCCCGCGCGAACUCGUGGCUAAUACUACGUGGUGGGAGGGCCCCGAGUGGCUGCUUGAUUUCGAAGGCCGCGCCGAACCGGUCCUUUCUGGGGAAUCGUCCCCAAGCGAGGAGGAGAGAAUCGUAUCGCUCGCCGCGAUCAACCUACCUAACCCCAUAUACGCCCUAUUAGAUAGAUUCUCGUCACUAGAUAAGAUUUGUAGGAUAGUUGAAUAUAUCACCAAAAUCGCCCAAAAUUUAAAGGGUAAAUCGGUACCCGCGACCUUGGCAGUCGAUCAGGUCGAAGCGCAUCGCGCGCUCUUGAUCGUCGUUAGAUUUGUGCAGACGGAGGUCUUCAGCGAGGAGAUUGACCGACUUAGGAACGGAAAGAGAUUACCGAAGCCUUUCCUCAAACUCGCGCCCUUUUUGGACUUAGAGGGUAUUUUCAGGGUAGGCGGCAGGCUCGUCCAUUUGGGACUGGCGUUCGAGGCCAAACACCCCGUCCUACUGCCGAACAAACAUCGCUUGACGGAUCUCGUCGUUGAACAUGUGCACCGGGCUCAACUGCACCCGGGUAGACGCACGCUGCAAUACUUGCUCGCCCAACGUUUUUGGAUCCUUGGGUUCCACCGCGUGAUUCGGCGGGUGCUCUCGAGAUGUUAUAAGUGCUUCCGCGCAAACCCGCAUGCUACCCAACCCAUCAUGGCGACACUACCGGCCGAGAAAGUCAGCCAAGUCAAGCCCUUUUCGAUCAGUGGAUUUUGCGGGGCCCUUUGCGAUGGUCACGCGACGGGCUCGGGGAGUCUCCUCCUUCAAGGUGUACGUUUGCCUCUUCAUGUGCUUCGCGGUCAAGGCGAUACACCUGGAGGUGGCCUUCUCACUGUCUACGGACUCUUUCCUUGCUGCGUUGCGGCACUUCGUGGCUCGACGCGGCCGCUGUUCGCUCCUAUAUAG